GACAGCUCGGAGCCCAUGGUGCUGGAGCAGUACGUGGCCGUGGCCAACUACGAGAGGCAGGAGAACUCUGAGAUCAGCCUGAAGGCCGGCGAGACGGUGGACGUGAUUGAGAAGAGCGAAAGUGGCUGGUGGUUUGUCAGCACAGCAGAGGAGCAGGGCUGGGUGCCGGCCACAUACCUGGACUCCCAGAAUGUAACCAGAGACGAUCUGGAUCUGGGCACUUCCAGGACUGGAGAAGUCACUAAGAGACGCAAGGCGCACCUGAAGAGGCUGGACCGCCGCUGGACCCUCGGGGGUAUAGUCAACCGCCAGCAGAGCAGAGAGGAGAAGUAUGUGACGAUACAGCCGUACACCAGUCAAGGGAAGGAUGAGGUCAGCUUUGAGAAAGGGGUCACCGUGGAGGUCAUCCAAAAGAACCUGGAGGGCUGGUGGUUCAUCAGAUACUUAGGAAAAGAGGGCUGGGCCCCUGCCUCCUACUUGAAAAAAGUGAAAGAGGACUUCUCCCCUCGUAAGAAGACCCUGACAGGCCCCGUGGAGAUCAUCGGCAACAUCAUGGAGAUCAGCAACCUGCUGCAAAAGAAGUCCGUCAGCGAAAAGGACAUCCAAACAGACGGAGAGGGUAGCUCCACACCGGAACGCCACAUAUCCAAGAGCGAGAUCAGCCUGCCCAUGCCCUAUAACUCUGAAAUCAAUGCCGAGACGGGCAGGAGGCUGAGUGCAGGCCGUGACACCAACAGCCCGUGUCUGGGAAUAGCAGCGAGUGCUGCCCUGAAUGAAAACAAAGGGAGAGGCGAGCCAGGGUCCCCAGCUGUUGCCAGAGUGGCACCACAUAGAGUGGAGAUUGGCUUUGAUGCUAUAGGCUCUCCUAAUCUGAGACAAAAACCUCCCCCAAGAAGAGAAACCAACUUGGGAUUCCAGUUACCCAAGCCACCAGAGCCCCCUGCUGUGGAAGCAGAGUAUUACACUAUAGCAGAUUUCCAGUCCUCGAUCUCUGAUGGCAUCAGUUUCCGUGGAGGACAAAAGGCUGAUGUGAUAGAGAAGAAUCCAGGAGGCUGGUGGUAUGUGCAGAUUGGAGAGAUGGAGGGCUGGGCCCCCUGCUCCUACAUCGACAAGCGCAAGAAGCCCAACCUCAGCCGUCGGACCAGCACCCUGACCCGACCCAAAGUCCCACCCCCAGCUCCGCCUGUCAAAAAACAAGACUCUGAGGAGACUCCCCCUGCUGCUAACUCUGCUUCUAAAGCCUCUGAGCCGCCAAGCAGGCCUGUAUAUGAGGAACCUGAAUAUGAUGUACCUGCAAUCGGAUGUGAAGGUGAAUCGGACACAGAUUCCCUGAAGGAUGAGCGCACGCUUGAUGUGAAGAUCAGCAACGUUGUCAGCGACAAGUAUCGCAGCUCCCCUCCUUCCUGCAAGGCCUCUCCUCCUGUCUGCAAGGCGUCCCCUGUGUUCACUCAUAGAAGAGCUUCCUUCAGGUCUGUAGAGGAGGUUGCAAAAGAGGAGUGUAUCUAUGAGAACGAUGGCUUCAGGCGAAGCAGCGGCAUUGAAGGAUCGUCAGUCAAAGGUUCCAGUGAGCCAAAUUCCCCAAGGAGCUACCAUUCCUCGACAGUCCCACGCAAACCUUCGGGGUCCUCACCUUUAGCUGGUAGACCUAUGAAGACCAUGACGCCUGAGAUGAACCGGAGAAGCCAGACCCUGGGCAGACACAUAGAUAUCAGCCUCAGGUCCCAGGAUAACAGCCCCCACUCUUCAUCAGAUGAAUUGAGCAGAGGCCCCAAGAAAGGCCCUGCCUUCAGCCGAGAUGUGGAACAGAGAAUAGGCCAGAGCCCUUCCACCAGGCCCAAACCUUCUGUCAGACCUAAACCACUGCUGACCAAAUCAGAGCCUCAGAGUCCUGAGAGAAUGGAUAUCAGCUCUCUGAGACGGCAACUGAGGCCUACAAGUCAGUUUCGACAUGGCCUCAAACCUACUCGUGGGGACGACUCUGAAACGGCCUCCGUUGUCUCAUCAGAGGACUCGAUGUGUUCGCGGAGUACCUCAGAUCUCUCUUCUGUUUACUCCAAAGGGAGCCGUGGUGAUUCAGAUGUGGAAGGCCCCAAUCUCUACCGCUCCCUGGAUGCCUAUAAGAAGGUCCAGGACUCUGAGGUCAGCUUUCCAGCCGGGGUGGAGGUUGAAGUUCUGGAGAAACAGGAGAGUGGUUGGUGGUACAUCCGUUGGGGAUCUGAAGAGGGCUGGGCUCCCUCAUACUACCUGGAACCUGUCAGACAAGUGAGUGAUGCAGGUGGGUUAGAAUCAGAUGGACAUGGGAGUGGUGGGAGUAAGUCCAACAGCCUGGAGAAGAAUGAGCAGCAUGUUUUGGCCCUCAAUAACAUCAAUAUUCAGGGUCUGAGCCAGCAGCAUCAAGGCUUGAGGAGGAACACUCCGCCCAUUCCUUCCAAGCCUCCUGGUGGCUUCUCCAAGCCGUCGGGAAUGGUUAACGGAGGUGUUCGGAUGAGGAACGGUGUUCGCCAGGUGGCGGUGAGGCCUCAGUCUGUAUUUGUGACCACCACACAGCCAGCCAAGGAUGGGCACUACAUGACAGGGUCUCUGAGGCGAAAUGACUCACUUGGCAGAAGUGAUCACUACGGCUCCGGUUCUGCCACGCUUGGUGUACGCCGAAACGCCUCCUUCAGCACUGUGCGGCCACAUGUAGUUGUUGAAAGUCAGACGAGGCCCGCUGAGCGCUCCAGCUUGGGGUCCUCAGGGAGCUCAUUCAGCACAAGCAAUGUCCAGGACGCCCUUAGCAGAGUUAACCAACGCAAUGGCAUCCCAGUGUCCACAGUCCGACCCAAGCCCAUAGAGAAGAGCCAACUGAUCCACAACAACCUUGGCAGGGAUGUGUACGUGUCCAUCGCUGACUAUCGCGGCGAUGAGGAAACUAUGGGUUUCACUGAGGGCACUUGUCUGGAGGUUUUGGAGAGAAACCCCAAUGGAUGGUGGUACUGCCAGGUGCAGGACAGCCUGCUUCCCCGCAAAGGCUGGGUCCCCUCCAACUACCUAGAGCGGAAAAAAUAAAGCAAACCCCACAUCCUCCCCCCACCCUUGCCCACCCCUCCCCCUUUUGAUGUCUUCAAGGACGUGGGUGACAUCAAUUCUUACGAAUGUUACCCGUCACCUCCCCUAAGCAAUAUGUCCUUGAAAAUGUACAUUUAUGAAGACUGUGUGUAAAAAAGAAAGAUGUUUUAAUCUGAUAAGGAAGGACACUUUUAGUGCUGGUUUACUAAAAUGUAUUCGAAGAGGAGUAUUAAGAUUUUAAAUAUUUUGGCUGGGAAUGACAGACAGAAACAUGGGAUUGGUCACCCUUGAGCAAGGAAAUUUGAGGAGGACAGUGUCUUUGAGAAAAAAAAUGGUAGGAAUGGGAGUGAUAACCUCUUAAAGAGGUGUGCGUCAUGUAAUACAGAAGCUGAGCAGGGUAAUGGCUAUGCUUAUUCCUGCCCAUCACUGACUAUGAUGGCCGAUAAGUGCCUUUUGUAUUUGUUCACCUAAAUGGAAGUCCUAAAUGGUGGAUGGCAAAACAUUAAAUCAACCAAAUCUUUUGAGUGCCAUAGGCCUAUGAACACCACCAAGAGUAUUUCCAUAACCAAUUAAGAGUUUAAACAAAGUGCAACAUCUUGAUCUUAAGUGCUCUAAUUGGUCCAACACAGAGAGAAAAACAGAGACUUAAGGAAUUAUUUGUUUUAAGCCACAAAGUCAUCAAGCAAACUGAAACAUUUUAAUCUCGUUAUGGAUAUUUUUUUGUUUAGUUUCAUUGUUCAUGUUGUAGUGUCUUGUGUUGAUGCAAGUCUUCCUUAGAGAAUUAUUUCUGCUUUCUUGUGACAUCUGUUUUCCACCCAGAGCCUAGAAUUGGAAAAGUUAAAGCUCCUGCCUCAUGUCUCGUACCAUCUGACAUGGCAAGAUAUACAGUAGGUGCUCAGGUUUGAUAAAUGGGGAUAGUUUUCUUUUUAAAGAUCCUCAAGCCCCUGAAACAUGUGUUAAUAUUCAUGUUUGUAAUCCCAGAUGUAACUAUCUGGGAUAAUAAAUGUAUAAAAGAACCUGUGAAACUUGAAAAGAACAGUUGGAAAUGAGUUUCCUGGAAAAUCAGAGGCACCUUUGAGUGCUCUCCAGAACAAAACAACCUCCUAUCCGAGUAGCUAAUAACCUCAAAAGAUCAAAACAAUUAGUUUACAAAGGUUUAGGUUUACUGUAGUUCCAGGAACAAUUGAUUUUGUACAUAUUUUGUUUUGUAGACAUAUAAUAACACUGCUGUUGCAGAGAUGUAUUGAAUAAAUACUGGAAAUGCGGUGAAAUAAUUGAAUCCCAGGGAUUGUAUUUGCACAGCAUUUAGCCCAAAAUGUGAUCAAACCAAAGCGAGUUUUUUGUGAUUUUACUAUUUAUUUAUGGUACAAAUAAUACAGUGUAUUCAACAAAAUGCCUAAAACAAGGCUUCUGAACUGAAAAAAAGUUUUCCUGUCAGUACCUGGAAGCACUUCAAUAGAAGACAGCAUAGUGUAUUAAGGUCUUGUAAAAGACUUAGACAUUAGAAAUUAGUCCCCCAAUGCAGAAGUGAAAUAUGAGAAUUUGAAAUUCUGAGCUUAAAUCCAACUUUCAAAAUUCAAAUGGCUGAUGUUCAAGACUGCUGAAAUACAUUUUCUAACGAUAGGUGUGAGCUCUCUGUGCGAGGCUGAACACUAACUUUCCAUUAUGUUUCUGCUGGACAGUAUCAUAGUAUUAAACAAAGUACAGUACCUGCUAGAUUGCAGUUAUCUAUUUUAGCGAAACCAUACUUUUUGUUCAUUUGUUGCUCUGUGAUCACACAGUGACAAUAACGAGGAACGAAGUGGUUCUGUUUUGUGAAUUAGUGCACUUUAAACCUGCUUUUAUGGUGCACUAAUGUAAAGAUGCAGUAAAUACUCAGCAUAUUAUUUAUUGAAUAUGAUUUUGUAAUUAUUUAAUUUCUUGCUAUUCUUUUUUUUAAUUCCGUCUCAUGUCUAAUGAGAGGUGGAACUCUAUGAUGAGCUCUCUCUAUCAGAGAGACCGUCAUAGUUUGAGUAGAAUUGGAG